AUGACGGAUCGGUGGGCAAGAUAUUUGGAGAUUAGUUUGAGGGAAAAAAAAUGCUAUAUACAUAGCUUGAAGUCACCUGAGAGCUCUGUCAAUCAAGAGGACAAGGGGGCCAAGAGGAAAGCCAUGGAAAUUGAUGAACCUCAGCACCCGGUCAAGAGAAUUUACAUGGCUGAGAAUCCAAAGCAAUACGGUAAGCCUAGGCCUAUUGAAGAAGAUGAGAGCAUACCCUUAGGGGAUGAUCCCGCUCGGACCGUGAGGGUGGGAAAGAACUUGGACCCCCAGCUAGAGAAAGAAAUAAUUCAAGUACUUAGAGAGUACAAAGACAUCUUCGCUUUUACUGCAGAUGAAAUGUCGGGCAUAGACCCCGAGGUAAUGACUCAUGAGCUGAACAUCAAGGAGGGGUACAAGCCCGUCAAGCAAAAACUCCGACAUGCUGGGUCGGAGAGAAACAAAGCCCCAGCCACUGAGGUUAAAAAGCUUCUCGAAGCGGGUUUCAUUCGAGAAUGCCAAUACACUGAGUGGUUAUCCAAUGUGGUGCUGGUUAGGAAGCCCAACGGUUCUUGGCGUAUGUAUGUGGAUUUUACAGAUUUGAACAAGGCAUGCCCAAAGGAUGAUCACCCUUUGCCUAAGAUUGAUAGGUUGGUGGUAUCGACCGCUGGUCACGCCCACCUAAGCUUCAUGGAUGCCAAUGCAGGGUAUCAUCAGAUUCCCAUGUCAGAGAAGGAUCAAGCCCACACAGCCUUUAUCACUAGCCAAGGGGUGUAUUGCUAUAAUGUGAUGCCCUUCGGCCUGAAAAACGCCGGGGCUACCUACCAGCGUCUGAUGAACAAAAUCUUUGAAGGGCAACUAGGUCGGCAUGUUGAGGCCUAUGUUGAUGAUAUGAUCGAAGUGAAACGCCUUACAGGCUGCUUAGCCGCAUUGGGGAGUUUCCUAUCCCGGUCAGCAGAUAAAAGUUUAUCUUUCUUCAAGGCCCUCAAGAGGCCUAAGUUCUUAUGGGAUGAAGAAGUUGAGAAAGCUUUCCAGCAGCUGAAGGCACAUCUGAUGGACACUCCAAAGCUUGUUAGCCCCCUCCCCGGGGAGACAUUGUUUGUGUACUUGGCCAUAUCAGAAUAUGCCCAGAGUGCGAUCCUUGUUGCUGAAAUAGAUGAAGGCCAAGUACCGCUCUAUUUUGUCAGCCAUGCCCUAAGGGGGGCUGAGACCCGAUACACUCUCAUAGAGAAGGUGGUAUACGCUUUAGUGAUGGCAAGUAGGAAGUUGAAGCCAUACUUUCAAGCACACCCGAUCAAAGUACUCACCAGCCAACCAAUCAAGAAAGUGCUAGAGAGCAAAAAUCACUCAUCCCGAAUGACGGAUUGGUCAAAUCAGUUAGCUGAUUUCGGAAUCGAGUUUGAACCCUGGAAGGCCAUCAAGGCCCAAGCCUUAGCCGACUUUAUAGCUGAAUGCGCUCACAGGCCUACUCCAAUUGACACCUCCGCCCCUUGGGCUCUUUAUGUGGAUGGGUCGUCUAGUAAGGCCGGGAGUGGAGCUGGGCUAGUCAUCAUCUCACCAGAGGGAGAGAUGUUUGAAUAUGCGGUCAAGUUUGCCUUUUAUACAUUAAAUAAUGAAGCUGAGUAUGAGGCUGUUAUCUUGGGGCUAAACUUGUGCCAAUUCAUGAAGAUAAAAUUCGUUCAAGUAUGCUCAGACUCACAGCUCAUAGUGGGGCAAAUGACAAAGGAAUUCGAGGUGAAGGAGGAGAACAUGAAAGCCUAUUUUGAAAAGGCUAAAAGCUUGGCAAGAUCGUUUGACAACUUUGAAAUCGGGCACAUUCCCCGCUUAGAGAACCAGCACGGUGAUGCUCUUGCCCGAUUAGCAAGCUCGACUGAGGGGAUAACCCCCGGAAUAUAA